CCAAACAUAGUGUAUCGAACGCUGGCUACGGCGUUCGUACUUCGCCUUCAUUAGGCCGAAUUGUAUGAUCAGCGGCCAGCGCGGUAAGAGAGUGAGAGAAUUGUUAUUCCAUAACCUGCUAUUAUCGAAGUAGAACUCAUAUAGUGAUAUGGUAAAAAUGAAUAUAGUGUUAUGUUUAGUGAUUAAAUAACAAUGCAAGUUAAAACCGACACAUAAGUGCAGUGUUGUGAAAGUUGUACCCAGCUGUGUUGGUGCUGAUUAAAAAUGACCGAGAAAAAUAAAUCCGAAAAGAUGACUAAUGCAUCGAAACCUGUUCCCAUGAAACUUUUUGCGGCCUGGGAGGUGGACAGGACUCCAUCCAACUGUAUCCCAAGGCUAUGCACACUCCGCGUGACACGGUUGCGCGUAUGCGGCGCGCUCGGCGAGGCGGGCGGCGGCGCGGCGGCUGGCGGCGCGGGCGCGGUCACCCUCGCGGCCCGCAUGCACAGCAGCAAGAGGACGCUGCGCUCCAACGACAUCACCAUACCCCCAAUGGAUGUCGAGCUGGAUCUCUGCUUCUCCCUGCAGUACCCGCAUUUCGUCAAACGCGAUGGAAACAGGUUGCAAAUAAUGCUGCAGCGUCGCAAAAAGUACAAGAACCGCACCAUACUGGGCUACAAGACGCUCGCUGAAGGUGUCAUCAGGAUGGAUCAGGUGCUGCAAAGGUCCAUGGACAUGGAACUGGAGCUGAUCAGCGUGGGCGGCAAGGUGGGCGCGGCUGCUGGCCAGCCGGUCGCUCGACUCACCAUCACGGGUCUCGCCUCGACGCCUGUAGACCAUGACACCAAGAACAAUAACACACUUCUGAUUACCGAGCGAGGCUAUUCAGACGAAGAAGAAGAAGGCGAGUUCAGUUCAGUGGAAGAAGCUGAUGACAUGACGUACGGAGCGCCGGCUCGGCGGAGGCCGCAUCGACAGAUCGAGUUCAAUAAGGCAGACUUCUCCUAUACUAAGCUGGGCUACAUGGACCGAGAGAGACAGAGCUAUAUCCGCUCGAAGGCGCACGAGAGGGACAGCGAUAGUGAGCUCGAACACGCGCCGAGCAAGCGCAAAGGCAGCCGCGGCAAGCUGGCGCAACGCAACCUAAAGCAGAAGUUCGCGGCGUUGUUGCGGCGGUUCCGCGUGCCCGAGGAGAUGGGCGAGCGCGGCGCGGCGCGGGACAACCACAACGCGCAGCGGGACAUCGACGAACUGUUCCAGUCAUUCCAGGAGCUGGAGUCACUCUCGUGCGGCGAGGGGGAGGACUCAGGGCCAGACCAGAUGGACACCAUCAGCAUCGGUUCUACGCCAAAACCCUCGCUGCGUCCCUUCUUCAGCAGCUCGCGCAGCCUCGCCAACCAGGACCACCACCGGCACUCCAAUGUGACGCGGCACGCCAGCCUCGCGUCCGCGGCCGAGCUGCGCCCGCGCGACCGCCUCCACGCGAUCUCCUUCACAGAAUCGGAAGCUGUACGUAGUUCAGCGGGGGAUGAGCGAGGGAGUGAGGGGAACAGCGACGGUGAUGCUACCUUGGACGCUCCGGUCUCUGGAGCGUCGGUGUCCAGCUCGCCUCCUAAUGAGACCAAGGAGGACAAACGCUCACGACUAUUCCGUAGCGCAACAAGCGGCGGCAACCUGACGCCAGCGUCUGGCGCCAGGAAGAAGAACUCUCUAGUGAUUGGGACGGAGCGACCGCUGUCUGCCCACGACCUGAUCGCACUCAGCCCCACUGCCUUAGAGCCGCGGCGCACGAUGGCGGAGCAGGUGAGCCGCGUGCUGGGCGAGGAGGGCCCGGUGCCGGAGUGCGUGGCGGUGGCGCCCGGGGCGCUGGCGCGCGCGCUGCAGGCGCUCGCCGUGCCCGCCGCCAUAGCGCCGCCCGGCGUCGUGCCCGACGCGCGCCCGCUGCUGCAGGCGGUGCUCGCGCGGGCCGCUAAGCAGGGAAGCCGUCGCGCGCUGCGCAUGUGCGUGUGCGGCGGCGAGGCGGCGGCGGCGGGCGGGCUGCGCGCGCACGCCGAGCUCGCCGCGCGGCGCCCGCACGACGCGCCGCCCUUGCGCUACUACAUCAUACCCGUCGGUCAAUGCACGGUGUCCCGCUACCUGGCGGCCAGCGACCCGACGUACGCGGCGCUGUUCGCGAGCGAAGCGUGGACGGCGCUGUGCGAGCGCGCCGCGGACGCGAACAUGGCGGACAUCGCGGAGAUGUCGUCCAGGAUCGCUAGGUAUUUAAACAGCAUCGGUCCGGUGAACAACAUUCCGAUCGGCGAGGCGAUGGUCGCGUACCGAGACAAGUCCGGUGAUGAGGAUUCUAGUCAGACAUUCGUUCCUUUCAUCGCCGAGGUGCGCGUGGGGUGGGCGGAGGCGUGCGGCACCUCGCUGGAGGGGGAGGAGGGCUCGCCGCCCGCGCGGCCCUCGCCGCCCGCCACGCCCGCGCCCGACCCGCUGCCGCCCGCGCUCGACCCGCUCGAGCUGCAGCUCGACUACUGGCUGGUGGGCGGCGCGAGCGGCGGCAAGAGCGCGGAGGGGUGCGAGGGGGGCGCGGGCGGCGGGGGGAAGGUGACGGUGAAGGCGGCCUUCCGCGCGCUGCUCGUCACGCGACAGAACCAUCACCUCGCCAUCACGUACCUCACCAAGGAGAAGAAGCAGAAGAUAAUGCGCUUGGGAAAGAAGAAAGAGAAGAGCGGCGAGAGCGAAGCGGGGCGAGCGCACAGCGUGGAGGGCGUGGCGCGACUCAUCUGUUCUGCCAAAGGAUCUCAUACGCCGCUUAAAGUGUACAUCGACGGCACCGAGUGGACCGGCGUGAAGUUCUUCCAACUCUCGACGCAGUGGCAGACGCACGUCAAGACGUUCCCGGUGGCCACCUGCGGCGCGCCGCUUGCGCCGCCCGAGUCCUAGAUCGUAACCUAGAUCUAGAUCGAGGCAUAGACCGCUCUGACGACUGACCUAGCUUUUCUAUGUAGCCUGAUCUGGCGUUUGCAGCUUUGGUGGCGCACCCGUGCAUCUUUCUAUGUAUGUGUGAUGCGCACGCGCAUGUAAGGGUGAUGUGAAGUGAACAACAAAAACAGCAUCUAGGUUUUUCUUGGUCUUAUUAUUUCACACACAGUCGCGAGUAUGAAAAUUUUUCUCGAAAAUUGUAGUGAAAAAGCGGUUGAAAACUGCAGGUCAAUUUGGUUGUUAGUCAAAGUUUAUAUCGUCUUUCGACGUGUUUCUUUGUGACACUUCGCGUGUUCGAAUAAUAAUGUAAUGCAAUUAUUCUUAUAUUAUUUUAUAACAUCAGCUGUCUUAUGUUGUUCUAAGCUUAUGGUAAUGAAAUACGGAAAACCAAAGCUGCAAGUGCGGAGAGGAGAUAGUCAAUCAGUCGCAUACGAUGUAUAUGUACGCGCUGAAUAUUAAUAUAUUAUGCAAAAUUUUAAUACUAUUUAAUUCCCUGAAAAGAUUAGCGCUGCGACUGAAUUAGCCAAUCGGCCGAAAGCUUUUUCAUUUUUAGACUUACAGCAAACAAAAUAAAAUUGUUCAGAGACUGAUCACUGAUACAAGAUAUGUCAAUAUCUUCCCAGCUCCAUCGCCAUCAAAGGCAAGAAUAUUGUGAUUUUUCUUGCGGAAAAUGAAAAAAAAAA